AUGUCAAACUCACUGGAUGAAAGAAAUGAACCAUCCACACAGAAGUGUUCAAAGAAAUCGAAACCACGCAAACGUGUUCAAGAGCCCACCAAUGAACCUGAAGCUGAGGUAGCACAAAGUCUAGUAUAUCCUGAAGCGCCCCCAUCUAUGGACAGUGAAGCGAAAAAAGGGGCCGGAAAACGGGCCAACCAAAAGGAAACAGGGAAGCAAAAAAAGGCUCGAGACCUCUUAAACGCUGGUAGGAUCCCCUCUCCAAGCUAUCCCUUCACAUUACGACCCAUCUCUCACUUAUGGAUCCUUCGAUACAUGAAAUCAUUCGGUCCAUGCAGUGGGCAGCCAGAUGUCCCCUGCUGGUACAACAUCAGAUUCGUGGGAAAACCAGCUUCCAAUGCACUGGAACUCAUUUUGAGAACUUUUCGCCGCGCUAAAAUCGAUGUAAAAAACGUAAUCACACUGGCUACGGGAUGGGCUAAGGGAGACUGGAUGUUUUAUAUUCCACGCCGUGCAUCCAUUUGUGGACUUGCGGGUUCAGAUCUCCGGUAUUCUAAGGGAUACUUUCUAGGUGCCGGCCGAAUCCCUAAAAUAGAAUUUAUCGUAAUUCCCGUUAUAUACUCUACGGAGACAGAUAACGAGGCCGACUCCGUACUGGUACCUAUUGUCUUGAUGGGAAUUCCAUUUUACGACUCGGACCUCAAUCUUGAUCAGUACCUUUACGAGGCCAUCACGGCUCGGAACAAGAACCUUGGAAUCCGACAAGUAUUGGUGAAAGAGAGAUAUAUGAUCCGUGGGGUUCGGACUAACGACUUGAGAUGUCAUGUCGCCAUCGACCCGAGUUGUGUCCACGAGUGGGAUUUCGAAAAUCCGAUGAAAUUAGUCUUACAGGGUUGGGAUAAUGAUGGCGUACCUCGACCGGAAAUUUGGCCAGUGACGAUGCGGCAUAUUGACGAGUGUUCAUGUUGUGGCAGCUUUUUUCACCUUGCAGAAGAUGGGAUCACCGAAGUCGAAUGUAUUACCCGCAUCCACCGCAGGAUGUUGAUAGAGAGACGAGAAGAAGUGGCUGCUGAGAAGGCAAAAUCACGUUUAAAGCCACUGCAAGAUCGUCCUUCCUCUGUUUCUCUACAUCCACCCUUGCCUACGGCUUCUUCAACAAGUGAUAAAAAGACAAACAUUGGAUUUAUUGUUACAUCUUGA